AUGUUAUCUCUCUCGGAUGAGCAAUGUAAUAUCUUGAACGCGGCAGUAAACGGGCACAAUGUUUUUAUAACAGGGCAAGGUGGUACUGGCAAAUCGUUUCUCGCUAAAGAAAUAUAUAAACAGCUCACGUUAGGUGGGAAGAAAGUGGCAAUAGUAUGCUCAACAGGCAUUGCAUGCAAGGCGUAUAAAAACAUUACAAACUCGGCAGUUCGCACGGUACAUUCAUUUUAUGGCUUGGGUAUUGCCGAUUUACCAUGGCCUUCUGUCGUAGAUCGAUCUCUAUCAAAUAAUUUGGUACGUGAACGAGUGCAGUCACAUGAUUGUAUUAUAUGGGAUGAAAUUGGCAUGGUUAGCCGACGUGUUUUUGAAAUAGCCAACAUGAUUCACCAUAAACUAUCGAAAGAAUGUGAUGCAAUGAAACCAAUGGGUGGAAAACAAGUGAUUAUAGCAGGCGUUUUCUUCAACUUCCACCCGUCCAUAACAUGUUCGAUCCAGGUGCAUUUGCAUUUUAUUCCCCAGUUUUUUCGAAAGCUAUUUUGCAUCGAGUUGAAUUGGAAACAAUUUGGCGUCAGGAAAAGACAGAAACGGAAUUUCUUCUAUGCUUAAAGGAGUUACGAAUUGGGCAGUGCGGUGAAAAAUCAACGAAUUUCCUCCAUGGCUUGUCAAGGGAACUACCAACUUCCAUUAGCAAAGAUGCGGUUCAUAUUUUCUUUAGAAGGCUUCAGAUGCAAGUUCACAAUAAGAACAUGCUUUUUUCUCUCCCCGAGAAAAAUCUUUUUAAAUUUGAUGCCAUUGACACAAGUCAUCACUCACGAUAUGCAACCAAUUUGGAUUAUCAAGCCGAUAAAACCCUUCUACUCAAGCUGGGCUGUCGAGUCAUGUUAUUGUGGAAUGUGUCAGAAGCAUUAAGGAAUGGAGUAACUGGUGUUUUUGUCGGAACUGACGGAGAUAAUCUCGCUGUUGAUUUCGACGUAGUUGGUAGGAUAUCCUUGAAAAGAGAAACCUGGGAGAAGAGAUCACGAUCCGGAGCAGUAGUUGCUUCUCGACGCCAAUUUCCAGUCACUCUGGCGUAUGGUAUAACUUGCCAUAAGUCGCAGAGUUCAACUGUAUCAGCUGCAGUUGUGCACUGUUCGAAAGAGUUCACUCCUGGGCUUAUUUACGUUGCAUGUUCACGAGUUAAGACGUCAGCACAUCUGCAAGUCUUACAUUUUUCACCCGAUCAGUUAAUGAAACCUUCACAAGAUUGUUUGGAUGUGUGUGCUUCACACAAAUCCAUGGCUACUUCGGCUGAUAAAUGCUGUGUCCAAAGUGAAUUGACCGAUAACGAACUUGUUGUAAAUGAACAAUUAGCAGAAGUUGAUGAAACAGGAGCAGAUGACGAAGAACAUCAAGAAAUUGAUGAUGUAACUCAGAAGCUUGUGAAUGGGUAUUUUGACCGAAAAGAAGAGCCUGAUGAAGAAGAAAAUUUUGACCUGAUGAUAUAG